UCUUGAGGCGGACAUUUUCCAAUGUGAGUCGCAGCCCAACUCGUGUGCCCCAUUUCCCCAUUUCCGCAGCUUGCUAACCUUCAAUUUCCCUCUCGUUUCUACAGACGCGCCCUUCUUCGCCAUCUAUCUGCCGCUACAGCCACUACAGCCAGAGCCGUCGACGGGCCGAGCCCUCCUCACCGAACAAACAAACCCAAGAACACACCCACACCGCCUCGCAAUCCACCCCCGCCACAAUGAAAUUCACCCGACUCGUCUCCGUGACCAACUUCGUGGUCGCCUCCUCGGCAUUGGGCUUCCAGGUCUUCGUCCUGUACCCGUGGCACACUCAGCUAGACCACGGCUUUGAGGAGCUGAAGAAGGAGCACCUCAAGGUCUUGGAAUCAGUGCGCGGCAAGAUCAGCAACGAGGAGCAGCAGGGGUUGAAGGACCGGAUCGAGAAGCUGGGGCAGAACAGGUGGCGCUGGUUCUAGGGAAUACCUGAUUUUUUUGGUUGUUUGGCGUCCCUCGUCGCAUGUCGGACAGUAUCGUGGCAUUGAUACCCCCAUCUUCUUGGCCUCCCUCGAGGAGGGAGCCUUGGUGCGUACUAGAUGGAGUCGAAUAGAUUUUCUCUUUAAU